AACACAGAAAUGCCAUUUUAAUCUUUUCCGUUCUUCCGCCAUCCGACAGAAAACACCUUAUCUCCCCAAAGCGAAAGCGACCUGACCCAGCAACACCACAGCGACCACAUUUUUCAUGGAGCCAUUGUCGCGCUUACUCUUCGAGCUUUUGGGUAAUGCUUCUAUGCUGAUAUGGCCGCAUUGAUUCUAUUUGGGGUAGGCAUAUUGGAGUUUGAUCAGGUGGUUACCAUUUUGUUUCCCCCAUCUCUUGCAGAUUUGAAUGUUGGCUGUUAACUUCACGUUGAGGAUGGCUAUUAUCACUGCUGCUGCAAAGUUUUGUCCCGCUACGAUCUCCAGAGGCCCGGAGAAAAUCUCAAACUUCGGCUAUGAAUACAAACUACAAUCUAGGUACCAAGUUGUCCUGCCACUUGAGGGACCAACAUUCAGUCGUCGAAAUGCCAUUAUUUGCAUUGGUUCUUUGCUGGCUUCUGUUGUUCCUGUGAGCUAUGUCAUUGCCCCAUUACCGGUACUCGCUGAGGAGAAGUCAGCUUCGUGGGAAGAUGAAGAUGGAGGAGUCAUUGGGGCUAUCCAAUCUCUUUUCGAUCCAAAUGAGAAGACAAAAUCAGGCAAAGUAUUGCCGAAGGCGUACUUGAAAUCAGCGAGGGAGGUCGUGAAGACCCUGCGUGAAUCAUUGAAGGAAGACCCUAAGGAUAUUCCGAAGUUCAGAAGGACGGCAGAUUCAGCAAAGGAGUCGAUUCGAGAAUAUCUGAGCAGCUGGAGAGGACAGUCAAAAGUUGCAAAUGAGGAAUCGUAUGUAAUGCUUGAGAAGGCAAUUCGGUCUUUGGCGAGUUUCUAUUCAAAGGCAGGCCCAUCUGCCCCGCUUCCAGAAGAGAUUAAGUCUGAAAUUUUGGCCAAUCUGAGUAAAGCUGAUGAAUUCUUGUGACAAACAUUAGUUCUUUACACCUUCAGAACCAUCAUUGUUAUUAGUUCACUGGCAUUGACACUUAUAGCUCUAAAGUGCAGGCCUUCGAACUAGUAGUUUUUUUUAUUUUUUUUAUUUAGAUCACCGACGGCAAUAUUAAUAUAUGAGCACAGCAAUCCGGAAAGCCUUGAGUAC